AUGACGGACCGACGUGCGACCUUCAAGGAAGUCACUCGCAAUUUGGAGCAGAUUCGUGCCCAGCUGGGGGUGGUAUCUACAACGGUCGAGAAGCAGAAAAUUAUUGAUACACUGCUUGAAAAGGAGAGCACCGUCAAUGCCAUGCUUGAUAUGUUAGGUACUGUGUUAGUGACCUCUAGCAAAUCAAGAAUUCUCGGUAACCGGUUCAUGGAUUGGGCAUUUGUUGAGAUAACAAAAGAGGUCGAGGACAUGGGCUUCAGCCCAAAUUCGAUGUUUGCUGUUCCCUUCAACUAA